CUUGUGUUCAAAUAUCUGAGGAGCAACUUCUCGUCUAGUUAUUUCCUGGCUGAACACGGUCGACCCUUCUAAGACUGUGAAUAUCUAUAUUCUGAGGCAUGGACGCAUUAUAAAUCCUUUGGCGUCGCUCUUGAGGCGACCGCAAUACAUUAUUACAUCAUGCUCCGACAUAAUCAUGAGGGAGGAAAAGCCGCCCGGUAUAUAUCCCAACUCGAUCUCGAACGCUGUAACGGGCAAUGGCAGCUGGUGCCGGAGCUCGCACGCAAAAUCGAGAAGCAUGCGCCGAAUCGCAAAUGCCUAGCAUUGACCGCAAGAGUGGAGGCACACAUUGCUGAAUGGCUCGCUACGGACACCGACACCUCAAACACAGAUCUAGCGAAACAUAUCCCACCGCUCCUAACCGCCAUCGAAGACGCGAAGUCGAUCCCGGAAGACGCGUUCGAAGCAAGCGUGUGCCUUGCUUGGGUCCACCACUCUUUAGGGGAGCCGGCACUUGCAAUAUCGAGAUUACCGAAUGAUAUUCCCGAGAGUUUAGAAAGCAUACCACUGUCCGCAAGACAAUCGCGCAAAUGGAUCCAAGUGUGCGCCGUUAAGGGAGGAUACCUCAAAGGGGAAGCGUUAGAGAAGACAGCAGGCCAUGCUGAAGCUGCACGAGCGUAUAGCGCUCUGUUGCCGGUGCUUCCAACGCCUGGCUCACAGAUGACACCUCAGCUCGGUCUGUGGACGAACCGAGUGCUCUCAAGACUGUGCGAGGUUUCCAUGAUCCCACUCCGCUCAGGUGGAUCCGUGGAUUUCAGCGCUAUGAUGGGCGGGUUCCGAUUAUGGACACAACAUUGGCAACAAUCCCGAGCAAACUUCAAAGAGGAUCAAUCGCACAAGGAUGUAUGGGUGGCGUACUACAAGGCGCUGUCCGAAAUGCUUCGUCAAAAUAUACUUUGCGAUGCAAACUCCCCUGAGCUGCAGCCUUCAAUUGUCAGAAGCGCAAAUGAUCUCUCCCCACAAGACUACCUAAGCUCGAGGCUGAAACAAAGGGCGGAACUGAAGAGUGUUGAAACGGCGAACGAGAAGCUCAUCUUGGAGAGCACAACCUUUCCCAAAGCCAACGAACGGAAUUCGGACGUGGAAAUGUGGGUGGAGGCUGUUGUGGAUAAUUGGCGCAUCCUCUGUGGCCCAUCAUGGCAGGACGAAGAACUUGGCGCCGGUGGAAAGGAGGCCAUCGCACGCGGAGUACUCGACAUCCUUUACCGUGCGGCGACCAAAACGUUCCACAGCCCUCAAAUACUCCGACAUCUUUUUACGGUCCAUUCAUAUUUAACCGAGUUCGACCUGGCAAUGAAAGCAUUUGAUUCCUACUCGGAGAUCAUAAAAAGAGGGAGAGAACGAGACGAGAAUUCUGGGGAAGAGGAUCCGUCCCUUGAUGGGCCUGAUGCGUUCAUAUGGACCAAUGCUGAGACUAUCAAGCUCUUGUGUCGGUACGGAUCCUUCGAGGAAGCCGAAAGAGCCGAAAAGAUCUGUGACGAAUUUGAGAGGUGGCUGAAAUCCCAUGUGCUUGUACCGAUCCGGCGUCUGUCGAAGGGUAGCAUACAAACUGAGCACCAACUCGAUCCGAAAGUCUCUCCAGAAUUCGUUUCUCUUGCUCACCACGCCAUUGGCAUCAGCAGGUCGAAUUGGGCGCGCUGGACCUAUGACGUCGCUGCACGGGCCGGGCUCCAAGCGAAGGCAAUCCAGAGUUUCCGGAAUGCUGUUGAUCCUCGGUUUGGAAAACCAAAGACUAUAGAGUAUCUAUACUCCUUGGCCUUCCAAAUGGCGGAGAUGCGGGAUCUCCCGAAUGCGAUCAAGGUGGCCAAACAAGCCCUCGCGCCUGUUCACCACGGGGAAACCCCUUCGGUAUACCCUCAAGGCCCAAGUUCGUCAAUGUUUCAGCGAGAAAGGCAGUUGAUGCCAUUGUGGCAUUUACUGGCCCUGGCGUUAUCCUCUCGCUCGGAUUACGCAGUUGCAGCUAAAGCUUGUGAGGCGGCAUUUGAUCAAUUCCACGAUACGGUUGUACUCUUCGGUCGAUCAGAAGCGGGUAUGCGAGCCAGUACAGAUUCGGAAAUGGAUCUUAAAGCUGCAACGAAAGGGAUCGCUGAUGAUAUGAAUGGCUUUGAAAAAGAAGGGAUAUUGCAGAUCAAGAUGACACAGAUUGCUUUGCUCGAGACUAUUGAAGGCUCAGACGUUGCUGUGGAAUCUACUGGAGAACUCUUCGCUCUCUACGCCAGACUCUUCGGGAACCCAGAUGCGGACACCAUCAAGCCGUCAAACGGGUUGGCACCGCCGCCAAGUGCUAAUGGGACGGUGAAAGGAAGCAUAUUCAGCCGCAAAAGCUUCCGAAGGCCGAAAACCGCCUCUCCCAUUUCCGCUCCAUCGGACAGUAUCACAGAGUCAAGGCCAGGUACAAGCGCAACACAGCGAACUCGAAUGACGCAGGUCACCAUGACGCCCACUAUUCAAGUCACUGGGGACGAUGGAACGCCAGAGCGGCGACAGAGCAUGGGACGUAAAGCAUCUCAAGCAGCGGCCGUGAAGCGGUCGGCAAGUGCUAAGCUACAUAAGAAACAUCCGCCAAGUCGAGAGGGUUCGGUAAAGGGUCGACCCAGCACUUCCGGCGCCUCUUCCAUUUUCGAGAACCACAAGCCCCACGAAGGCUCAGAUGAGCCGCUUCCGACGGAUGGGCCCCACCACCGCGAGUCCAAAGCCGGCAUCCUCCCUGCUAUCGGUCACAAUAUCGCCCCCGAUCAAGCCCCAGCCCCAGUCGGGCACCUAGACAACCCCCCCAGGCAGGAUACUCGGUUACCUGCACAACUCCCGGGUUCUAACGGGCACGAACCACAGCCAAGAUACCCUCAGGCCCAAGAAAAGCGGUAUAAAACCGCUCUGCUCGUUCAAAUUUGGCUAUUCGUUGCCGGCAUGUACAGCCGUGCUGGCAUGUACAGCGAAGCCAAAGGCGCCACCGACGAGGCUGCCACGCUAGUUGAGCGACUCGAAUUCGAGACCGUGAACCAAAACACCAGUGCCAGAGCGCUAGCGAACAGGAGUUGGAGCUGUUCGAAAAGCAUAGAUGAGCUUUGGGGAGACGUAUGGGCAGAGCGCGGUACCAUGGCCCAAACCCAAGCUUCCCCCUUCGCAGCCCAGCUCUGCUACGAAAAAGCCCUCACCUACUGGCCCAACCACAGCUUCGCCAUCAUCGGUCUCUCCGAGCUCCUCCUCGACAUCUACGACGAGAAAAUCCCCCCCGAGCCCCCAGAAAACUCGCCAGAUGCGCUCCCCCAAUUGCUCGCGAAAUCCUUGAUCCUCCCAACGACACCCAAGCUGGAAACCUCCAAGGAAUCGACUCCACCGCUCGAGAUCCCCGAACCGGCUCCGACUUCACCGAAGGAACUGCAUCGUCUCGCUUCGCGGGACCGUGCGUAUGGGCUAUUGGCGUCGCUCACGAAGCUUGGGUCGGGGUGGGAUUGCUCCGAGGCGUGGUUUGCGUUAGCAAGGGCGUAUGAGGCGGGCGGUCAGAUUGGGAAGGCGAAGGAGGUGCUGUGGUGGUGUGUGGAGCUGGAGGAUACGCGACCGGUACGGCAUUGGAGGAACUUGGGAUGCGGUGGAUACGUGAGAUGAGUGAGUCUUGGCGCAGUUGAAGAUACCCAUUGUAUCAUUCUUGGCUAUUGCUGGUCGGAAAAUUAGCGGAAGAUGGCCAUGACGAACUUCCAUUCUGGGGAUUGGGUUUAGGGCCAGAUUUGGUUUAUCAAGAUAGUACCUACCUUCCUAUCUGCGGGUAAAGCACCUAGUCGCCUCCUACACAUUAUUAGGGCUAUAUUUCAUCAAUCUCCUUUAAGCGUACUAUCUUUCUGAAGCCUUUCUCUUGCUUACC